CGUGCGGGGCGGGACGGAGCGCUGAGCGGCCCCUCCGGCGCCGGGCUCCGCCGGCCGGCUUCCGUGCGUGGCCCGCGGGCACCCGGCAGCAUGAAGGUCACGUCGCUCGACGGGCGCCAGCUGCGCAAGAUGCUCCGCAAGGAGGCGGCGGCGCGCUGCUUGGUGCUCGACUGCCGGCCCUACCUGGCGUUCGCCGCCUCGAGCGUGCGCGGCUCGCUCAACGUCAACCUGAACUCGGUGGUGCUGCGGCGGGCGCGGGGCGGCGCGGUGUCGGCGCGGUACGUGCUGCCCGACGAGGCGGCGCGCGCGCGGCUGCUGCAGGAGGGCGGCGGCGGCGUGGCGGCGGUGGUCGUGCUGGACCAGGGCAGCCGCCACUGGCAGAAGCUGCGCGAGGAGAGCGCCGCGCGCGUCGUGCUCACCUCGCUGCUCGCCUGCUUGCCCGCCGGCCCGCGGGUCUACUUCCUCAAAGGGGGAUAUGAGACCUUCUAUUCAGAAUAUCCCGAGUGUUGCGUGGACGUAAAGCCCAUUUCACAAGAGAAGAUCGAAAGUGAAAGAGCCCUCCGUAGCCAGUGUGGAAAACCAGUGCUAAGCAUCAGCUACCGGCCAGCCUAUGACCAGGGCAGCCCAGUUGAAAUCCUUCCCUUCCUCUACCUUGGAAGUGCCUAUCAUGCAUCCAAGUGCGAGUUCUUCGCCAACCUGCACAUCACGGCCCUGCUGAAUGUCUCCCGACGCACCUCUGAGGCCUGUACCACCCACCUACACUACAAAUGGAUCCCCGUGGAAGACAGCCACACAGCUGACAUCAGCUCCCACUUUCAGGAAGCAAUAGACUUCAUUGACUGUGUCAGGGAAAAGGGAGGCAAGGUCCUGGUCCACUGUGAGGCCGGGGUCUCCCGGUCACCCACCAUCUGCAUGGCUUACCUCAUGAAGACCAAGCAGUUCCGCCUGAAGGAGGCCUUCGAUUACAUCAAGCAGAGGAGGAGCGUGAUCUCACCCAACUUCGGCUUCAUGGGCCAGCUCCUCCAGUAUGAAUCUGAGAUCCUGCCUUCCACGCCCAACCCCCAGCCUCCCUCCUGCCAAGGGGAGGCCUCGGGCUCCUCAUUUAUAGACCACUUGCAGGCUCUGAGCCCUGAUGCGCAGGGUACUUACUGCGCAUUCCCUACCUCGGUGCUGGCACCAGUGCCCACCCUCUCGACGGUCACGGAGCUCCACAGGAGUCCUGUGGCCACAGCCACAUCCUGCUGAGACUCGGAUGGGGUGCCGGGCCAGCCCGAGAGCAACUGUGAUCUUGUCGAAGUUUGUGGACAUUUCAUUCCUGUGCAGUGCUGAAGACCUCUCUUUGUCACACCCCGGUGAGACGGUGAGUGGUCCCCAGGCUUGCGGCACAGAGGGACUUCAGACUGACCUCGAGGACAGGUCCUUGGGACGGAAGGAAGGCCAAGCCAUUAGGGCAGCAUGAGGUGUGCGCACUACUGUACUUCCAGAGCCCCUGCCCUCUCAGGACCGCCCAGUCCUAGCACCUCAAAGUUCGCCUUUUCAUUUCAAGCGUAAGGCAAUAAAUACCUGCAGCAACAUGGGGGAGAGAAGUUGCUGGACUAGGAGAAAAGGCAGUUACAAAGCCAAUUUGUCUUGAAGGAAGCACAAUUUCCACCUUACUUUUUGAACUUUGGCAGUCUCCAUGUCUGUCUUCGUUGCUUUAGGGCGUAAGCUGAUCCCUGCCUUGUCGGGAAAGUAACCCUGUUGGGUUUGUAGGGACACAAUGUCUAUGCCACUUUGAACCCUGAAAUGUUUCGAAGAUUGCUUUUGGGCCCAGUGGAGGCAAUUGAUCGAAGUAGCCAGAUGUUGACUCUUCUGGGUGUCUUUUUCGCUGUGGGUUCUUCCCUGACCUUGGGCUUUGGCAUGAUUCUUUGUCAUACUUGAACCUCUCUUCAGAGCAACUCUAGUGUCAUUUGCAAAGUUUUCAGACCAUUGGCCUGAAAUCACCUCUGAAGUGGUGGCAGGGUACCUGCAGAAGAGUGUUGUGGGUCAGCGGCACUGAAAAGCCACUCUUCAGCCUGCUGUGUCCCUCUCUGUGCUUCUGUCUCCUCUUGUGACACGUGUUUGCUCCCUGCCCCUGGGGUUGUCCUCGAGCUACUGACUUCUGGGAUAUACGGAUUUUGCAGUGUGGUACUUCUUUUCGGUCUAGUUUAUUUCUCCAGGGGAAAAGGCAAUAAUUUCCUAAAACCCAUGUGAAUGUGAAGAAAAGCGGUAUGUUGCUGGGUUUUGUUGGGUUUUUUUAUAGUGCAAAAUAAAAAUAGAUAAAAGCA